AAUGUACAUGAGAUCAAUUUUGAAAUUGAGAUAAGCCUUUUCAGGUAUAUAUUUAAUGUGAGUGUCUAAGUCUUAACUAAAUACACAAAAGAUCAUGAAUGGAUUAAAUAUGACACACAAACAAAGAUUGCUAAAAUUGGAAUAACAGAUUAUGCAUAAAAGGAAUUAGGAGAUAUAGUUCAUGUUGAUUUCCAAAAAGUAGGAAUGGUAUUUAAAACACACCAAUCAUUGGGAGCAAUUGAAAGUGUAAAAGUUGCUGCUGAUAUCUAUGCUCCUGUUGCUGGUGAAAUCGUUGGAGUAAUUUACUUAUUAAAAACUAGAUUAAUGAAGAUUUAAAGGAUUCUCCAAAUUUGAUUAAUGAGAAGGCAGAAGAAACAUGGAUUUUGUAAGCAAAAGUAUAAAAUGAGGCUGAAUUAGAUACAUUAUUAGAUAAAUAAUCAUAUGAUAAGAUCAUUAACAAAUGAG